GACUCGACAAGUUGCGUGCUGAUCAUGUUGGGCCAUCGGAGCUGGGGAACAAAAGCAGUCUUGGCAGUCUUGUCGCAGGAGCCUGUCCUGUAUGGAGAGCUGCAAGUGCACCUGCAAGCCUGUCCUUAUGCCAGGGAUCCAGAUUGAGGCGGGCCACUCCCAGAUUCGCAGCCAAGCAUUCGUCAAAGUGGGAAGGGCAUCAGGCAAGUAGAGGCAAGCAGUUUUCAAAAAGGUCGAGACCAAAAUUUGGUACUGGGGUAUCCCGACAAAUUAUCGAGAAUGACGAGGGCUACUGCACACAAUAUUCCCAGAGGUGCGAUAAAAAUGGCUGUUCUCCCGGUACCU